GGCGCUGUCCAUAGUUUAUAAGAAUGCCAUCUCUCCUGUAUGACAUAUAUUUUUCUUUUUCACUAAUUUAGGGUUGUCGGUGCACUUACCAAACUAACGAGCAACGUAGGGGUUUGAAAGGGUUUUUCUUCUUUAUUGUUAAUGUAAAACGCCACAGGACUUGUGUUAAUGCCCGSUUAUCAUCAUGUCGGGGUCAAAUGUGUGGAGUCGCAGCCGGGAGAAAAUGAGACUCUUCUCUGAACUUUUUGCACAGUGUGCAGAUGAGGCAGCAGUGUAUGGAAAGUGUGUCGCAGCAACAACUACAAGCAAACAGGAGCUGAAGAAGGACCUGUGUGCUAAGGAGUUCCAGGCUCUGAAGACCUGCUUUACAAACGCGGCCAAGAGAAGAGCCAAAUGAACCUCAAAUGUCUUGAGCAGCAAGUUGAAACGGAGCAACUUUAAAAAAAUUCUGCUGAUCUGCAGGAAAAGAAAAAAGUUGAACUUAUUGAAAAUAGUGUAAGGUUAAUUUGUAACUGCAUGUGGAUGUACAACUUUAACACAUACAAGUCUAAAAUGUAUAGAAAAAUGUUUUUAUCUUUGUAUUAUUUAAAAAAACUUGUCACAGUUCUUGUGGAUUUUUUUUAUUUAUUGAUUUUUAAAAUGUACAUGAAAACAUACAUAGGAAAAUACUCUGUUGUGCAACGCUACAGUAAAGCUGAGGUGCUGGAA